CAAUGCUAAUGGCAAUUCCAAAACACAUUCCUCAAUAAUGUAGGGACAAGGACUUAAUCAUACACGUACGCGUGGGCUACAUUUAACAGGCGCUUUUUCUUGAGCAUCGACUCCAGUCGAAGAGUUUGCUUUGGUCUUCGCUAUGUGAUGACGUAUGUGUGGCCACGCCCACUGUCAAACGAGAGGACACAAGUUGUCACAGAGAGAUUGCACGGAGGUCGAUCAGCUGUGAAUGUAAACAAGGUGACUAUUGUAGUUACAUUUGCAAUUCAUGGCUGCCAACAGCUUUCAAAUGAAAAUAGAACCAGAGGAAAACAGCGGUGGAGAUCAUUCUUUCAACGCUGUUACCAACCGGGAAGUCAGCACACAAACCGAUCACAGUAUGCAAGGUCACAGCCCAAGGCUUUCAAAAGUGAACUUGUUCACAUUGCUGAGUCUCUGGAUGGAGCUUUUUCCAACGAAAAGAGGGGAUAAAAAAAAUGACAGACAACAGAUGAAAAGAACCGGCCUGGUUAUCGUUCACAAUAUGAGAAUCACUGGAUUGCACUGCUCUAGCUUGGAACUGCAUGCAGGCCAAAUAGCUGUUAUCAAACAUGGAUUUCGGCUGAAGGGCUGUGAUCUUUACUUCUCCAGAAAGCCUUGCUCUUCUUGUCUGAAAAUGGUUGUAAACGCUGGGGUAAACAAGAUAUCCUACUGGCCCGCUGAUCCAGAAAUGAGCCUCUUGCAGAACGAGACGGUGAGCAGCAGCAGCAGCAGCAGCCCCGACGCCAAGCUUGACGCCAACGCUGCAGAAAGGCUCAAGUCUAACAGCCGACCUCACGUGUGCGUCCUCCUCCAGCCUCUAGCCUUCAACAUGAACCAGUUUGUGGAGGAAACCUCCAUGAAAUGUGACUUUCUGCAAAAAAUUGUGUGCCUGGACCCCACUUUCCAACUGGAAGAGUUCUUCAUUGACUAUCGGAAGCAAAAGCUGAAGGAGUACGAUAAGAUCUUCUUGAUUUCCAACGAGGAGACACACAAGAGCAUCUUAAUGAAAAUGGGCUUGGAGAAUUUCUGUGAGAACCCUUAUUUCACCAGCUUGAGGCAGAACAUGAAAGAUCUGAUCCUCCUUUUAGCCACAGUGGACUCCAGUGUACCUGACUGUGCAGGAUAUGGAUUUCACUGCAGAGAUACUCAGCUAGGUGAUGAAGACCAUGACCAAGGUUUACCACAGGGCAUUGCCAGGCACUGCAUGGUACAGGCCAAACUGCUGGCAUACCGAACCGAGGACCCUAAGACAGGAGUCGGUGCUGUCAUCUGGGCAGAAGGGAAGUCUAGUAACUGCGAUGGGACAGGGGCCAUGUAUUUGAUUGGCUGUGGUUACAAUGCCUACCCAGUGGGCUCAGAAUAUGCAGACUUUCCUCAAAUGGACGACAGACAGAAAGACAGAGAAAUCCGGAAGUUUAGAUACAUCAUCCACGCUGAACAGAACGCCAUAACAUUCCGGUGUAAGGAAAUCCAAGAGGAUGAGAAGACAAUGAUUUUUGUAACCAAAUGCCCAUGUGAUGAAUGUGUGCCUUUAAUUAAGGGAGCUGGAAUCAAACAGAUCUACACAGGGGAUCUGGAUUCUAAGAAAGUGAAGGCUGACAUAUCAUACCUGAAAUUUGGCAGCCUGCAGUGUGUUCACAAGUUUACUUGGCAGAAGAAUCCCAAAGCCAGCUGUGUUGCAGAACAGCACAACUCCACCAUCAAAGCUAACGGCUUCUUUGGGAAGCAUCACAGAGACUUUGAGGAGGAACUCCAGACAAGCAAAAGGUAAUACGGUCAGGAAAAAUGACAAGGCCUGGGUGCUGUUCUGUGUGAGAAACAGAGUACAGCCACACGAACAAUCAGCAUUGGCAUUUAUACCCUGCAAAAAAAGUACAAUUCAAGAAUGAGCCACAUGUACCCCUGCAAUGGGCACCAGUAUUGGUAAUAUUACACAUACCUAUAUCAACUUGGGAAUGUUGUGCAGUUGGUGGCAAGAUUGGGUAUUGUGGCGUCUUUACCUUCCAAAGAACCUCUUCCCUCCUUCUCUUGUUCUACAAUUAUUUCCCAUGUUGUUGCUUCAGCAGUAAUGGAAAUAACAUUGGAAAAUUUUAAAUAUUUUUUGUUGUUUGUGUUUUACUUGUAUGUAUUUUAAACUAAAUGAUAGUGGUUCAUUUGAAUAUUUAAUGCCCUGCAGAUAUACUGUUAUUUAUGUAUUUAUUCAUUUAUUCGCUUACUACUGUCCUAGAAGUAUAUUACAAUUUUAACUCCUGUACUUGCACAAAGAGACUGAAGCAAUCUUUACCAGUGAUGUUUACCCUAAUACAUUUAACAUUGCUUUUGGUGUUUUUAUUUUUCCUGCAGUUCUCCCAGUGUUUCGUUUUUCUCUCUUAGUUUCACAAGCAAUUUCUUAGCAAAUGGGAAUUUGCUACCUCACUGUCGCUGUAAACCAGUGGCCCUUACUUCCGAAAGAUGAUGCUUCCACAAUGACAUGUGUGAGGCAUACAUCCCCUACCAUGGCUGUAAUUGACAUCAUUAGAGUUGUCAAGGCCUUUCAAUGCGUUUCUACCAUUCUUUAAUUAACUUCUAUUAUUUUUACAAAACUAGAACCAAACAACCAAGUAAUAUAGUCCUAGCUCUCCUAAGCACUCUCAAUAUUAAUUGAGAGAUGGAGGAAAUGCUUUGAAAAUGUCAUGAAAAAGCAGAUCAUGACGUAUAUCGACAGGUUAUAGAAAUGUGAGCAUGACAGAGGUGCAGACUAAUAUAGAUCAAGGUAGCUGUAGGCGUGUGGCAUACGCACAUGCUUAGAGAGUUUCUUAGUCAUGUUGGAGAGGUCCACUGUGUUGUAUUAAUCAAGUGUAACCUGUGACCAGUCGUUGAUAAUCUAGUUUGCUCACAAAGUUUCUGUUGAUACUGUUGAAAGAAAUGGUAAAACACUCUUAACAAAACUUUGGAUUGGUCAGCUGUGCUGGUUGAUUAUGGUAGAAAGUUCCAGGUAUCAAUGGAUUUGUACUGUAUGAUAUGUAAAGAAAGAUUCCAUUUGUGGGACUGUGGAAGGGGUGUGGGUAAUUCACUGACUAGGAGACAGACAGGUGUAAUUGAAAACACCACCCAGGUGCCCA